CCACCUCCAAUUCCAAGCAACCCAUCAAUGCCGUCAUUGACAGUAGAAGGGACAAUGCCGUCGCCGCCGGUGCGCGUGGUGUCGAGGCGCACCGUCAAGCCACCGCCUCGCCCGCGUGAGCGCAUCCCCCUCACCUCCUGGGACGUGUCCAUGCUCUCCACCGACUACAUCCAGAAGGGCCUCCUCUUCGCGCCGCCGCCCUUCUCCACCGCUCACCUUGUUGACCACCUCCAGGCCGCCCUCGCCGACGCGCUCGCCACCUACUACCCCGUCGCCGGCCGCUUCGUCACCGACCAGCACCGAGACGACAAGGGCCACGCUGUCGCAUGCUCCGUCUCAAUCGACUGCGCCGGCCAGGGCGUCGAGAUCCUCCACGCCGUCGCGGACGCCGUCGCCAUCGCCGACGUCAUCCCUCCCGACGCCGACGUCCCCCGCGUCGUCCACUCUUUCUUCCCUCUCGACGGCGCCAUCAAUUACGACGGCCACGAGGUCCCCCUCUUCGUCGUCCAGGUCACCGAGCUCGACGACGGCGUCUUCGUCGGCUUCGUGUACAACCACGCGCUCUCCGACGGCACGGCCUUCUGGGACUUCCUCAACACGUGGGCCGAGAUCGCGCGCGCCACGCUCGCGCCUCCGGAAGCCCCCCGUGCGCUGACGUCGCGCACGCCCUUGUUCGACCGUUGGUCGCCCGACGGCGGCGCACCGGCACCGCUCGUGCUCCCGUACGCCGACCUGUCGGGGCUUAUCGAGAGGCUGUCGCCUCCGCCGCUGCGCGAGCGGAUGCUGCACUUCUCGGCGGAGUCCCUGGUGGCGCUCAAGGAGCGGGCACGGCAGGAGCUCCUGGCGGCCGGGGACACGGCCGGCGCGGCCGCCGUGACCAAGUUCCAGGCGCUGAGCUCGCUCAUGUGGCGGUGCGUCACCCGCGCGCGGCGCCUAGCGCCGGACCAGGAGACCGUAUGUCGCGCGGCAAUCAACAAUCGCGGGAGGCUCCGGCCGGCGCUGCCAGCGGAGUACUUCGGGAACACCAUCUACGCCAUCUCGACUGCGCCAGUGCGCGCGUCGGAGCUCCUGGCGCGCGGGCACGGUUGCGCGGCGGCGGCGGUGGGGCGCGCGGUGGCGGCGCACACGGACGCGAAUAUCCGGGCGCGCGUGAAGGCAUGGACGGCGAAGCCGAUCAUGUACACGCUGAGGUACUUCGACCCGAACGGCGUGAUGAUGGGGAGCUCGCCGCGGUUCGACAUGUACGGGUGCGAUUUUGGGUGGGGAAAAGCGGUGGCGGCGCGGAGCGGCAAGGCCAACAAGUUCGACGGGAAGACGUCGCUGUACCCGGGGCGGGAGGGCGGCGGCAGCAUCGACGCGGAGGUGGUGCUGACGCCGGAGCACAUGGCGCUGCUGGAGCAGGACGAAGAGUUCUGGGCCGCCGUGUCGCCGGACGCGCCGCGGGCGGGGAAAGAUUGAAGCUUUCCCUCUCUUUCUCUGUCUCUCCGUCUUUUUGGCUGCUGUUGCUACUACUGCAUUGUUGCUCAGACAAAGACGUCAGAUAGGGAGACAAAUAGUGGUAUUUGCAUUGCAUGUUUCUUUUUCUGUUAAUUGUGUUUGGAUAAUCCUCGGAUUCUUGUUAAACUAGAGGGAAAUUAAUAAAUCUUGCAUGAUUUUUUAUAA